AUGUCGCAGGCCGUAGGACGCGCUUCCAUCGAGGAGAUGGCUUCUAAGAACGUCAUCAGCCCUGCUACUGAGGCAGGACAGAACCACGAUACCGCUGACAGCCAAUCGUCACUGUCCAGCAUCGCCGAAAAGGAUGCAAAGUCUGCCCGUCAGGCCGCACCCAUCGCUGUGGUCCCGCAUCUCUCUUCGAACGACGAUGACGAAGCUUGGGUCGUCGAUGCGCAGGCAGGCGCUGUAGAAGCUACUUGGAAGCACCGAGUGCCCGCCCUCCUCAUGAUCCUCUUCUUCACGUUGGGCAGCAAUUUUGCCCAGUCCUCCCUGUCUCCACUCAAAUCUACCAUCAAGAAGCAGAUGCCUGAGGUUACCAACGCACGUUACGGUGCCAUCGCAUCGGCAGAGUCGCUUGUCAACGGUAUUCUCCCACUUUUCUCGGGUAUCAUGAUCGACUACUACGGGCCCAGCAUCACGUCCCUUCUUUCCAGCACUGCUAUUCUCAUCGGGACUAUUGUCCGAGCUGUAGGUGGCCAGCGUAAGAGUUUUGCCACUAUCUUGGCUGGCCAGAUCAUCUUUGGGUUCGGAAGUACCACCAUUGAGACAAGUCAGUCGAAGCUCUACACCCACUGGUGCAGAGACAGUCCCCGCAAGACCCUCGAGGAAGGCUCCAAAGAGGAAGUGCAGAAGCCAAGAAAGUGGUAUCGCACUCUUUCUAGCGCGGGCUGGUUGGGCUUCGUGUACGGCUUGGACAUUGCCAUGGGCCGUGUCUUCAACGUCAUGGGCAAGAUGAGCUCGGUCCCUGUCGCAGAAGCAACCGGCAAGUGGUACUGGUCUUUCUGGCUGUCAGCCAUCCUUUGUGCCGUCACCCUUUGUCUGAACGCCUCCUACGUACUUUUCGAGCGUGCUCUUCCCAAGAAGAUGCGCGUGGUCACCGGCCGUCAGCUCGCUGCUCAGUCGGCUGCCUCUGUGUCGGUCGCCUCGAACAACAACUCGUCUUCCACCGUCGACAAGAAGGCUUCGGACAAGACCGAUGGGCAGAAGCAGAAGGGGGUCCUGCAGCCUUUCUCUAAGCGGCACUUCCAGCUGCUCACACUCAGCGUCGGCGCUAUUCCAGCAUCGUUCUGGCUAAUCACCAUGACGCAGAUCCUUCAGUCGGGGGCUGUCAAUGCUUACAACGCUAACCUCGCUGAGGUCGUCCAGAUCACCCGUGAUAAGACUGCUCUCAUGGCCGGUUACGCUUCCUCCGUUGGCCAGGUCCCACCCAUCGUCCUUACCCCUCUUCUUGGCCUUAUGUUUGAUCUCUUCGGUCGCCGCAUGUACUACGUCGCUGGCUGCGCUGCUCUUUGGGUUGUCGUCUACUCUCUUCUCGUCUUCUCUGAAGUCAACGUGUACCUUCCCGUUGUACUCGGUAGUGUUGCCCUGUCCUUCAACGCUCUGCCGUUCAUCGCUUCGAUCCCUUUGCUUGUGCCCAACCAGACCUCAAUUGGUACCGCCUUCGGUAUCUGGAAGUGCUUCAAUUCGGCGGGCAGUAUCAGCAUGGAUGUCUCAUUUGGUGCCAUCCAAGAUCUGACCCCCCGUGGCAAGAAUCAGUUCAAGAAUGCCUUCGCGUUCUUGAUCGCUCUCAAGUCGAUUGAUGUCAUUUAUGGUCUUUUGUACCACAUUAUUGACAGGAAGUACUUUGGUGGUGUUCUCAAGCUUAGCGAGAGGCAGCUCAUGCAGAAGAUGCAGGAGGAACCCGAGGUAGAAAGGAAGCAGGCGCUCAGAAAGCCUAUCAAGAAGUGGACCGCGGCGGGCUGCCUGCUUCUCCUUGCUUUCGUCACUACCAGCUACGUUCUCUACAUCACCUACUCGAUUGGCACCUAG